AUGUUUCUUGUCUCACAAGCUAUCGUCGAGUAUAUGAGAACGUCCAAAAAAACCGCAGAGAAGAAGAAGACUGUUGUGACGGUGAAAAUCGGGGAGAAAGCUGAGAGCCUCUUCAAGAACGAAGGGUUACCGUCUGAUCUCUGGUCUUGGAGGAAAUAUGGGCAGAAGCCCAUCAAAGGAUCUCCAUAUCCAAGGGGAUAUUACAGAUGCAGCACAUGUAAAGGAUGCUCAGCCAAGAAGCAGAUAGAGAGAUGCAGAACAGAUGCUUCGUUGCUCAUCAUCACUUAUUCCAAUACCCACAACCACCCAGACCAAGGUUCCAACCCUAUCGCUCAAAUCCCGCUACAUCAUCCGCGAAAGGAACAAAAUUUAUACAAACCCAUCAUUUUUCCUGCUCGAGAAUCCGAGAACGACGGCUCCGCCGACACGGAAAGCAUGAUGUUCGGCGACGUGUUGAAAACAGGCAGGUUUCCGGUCGCGAGAGAGCCGAUCGGGUCCGAUCCAACGUCGAGGCCGGUGGUGGGGGCUGAGAAGGAGAACGAUUUCUUCGACGAACUCGACGAGCUGCCCAUGUCCUCGGGAUUCACCAGGCUGGCGCAAAACGACGCCGUUUUCAACGAGGAGAUUCCAGUCCCAUCUUGA